AUGAUCCACCAGUCACUGCCCAAUUUGAUCUCUCACAUCCGCCAUGGCCGAAUGCAGCAGAUAGCAAUGAAGCUGUCUAGAGUUACGCUCUACAUGCUCUUGACAGCUGGCUGUCGAGGUGCAUACGUUCAGUUCCAAGACUGCUCUGAGGGUCAUGACUCUUCUUCACUCAUUCCUGAGAGUUUCCGCGCAUCGGUUGAGAGGGGAAGGGAUACCUUCGACUGGAAGUUCGAUCUCAUUGCUGGACUGAUGGAUCGUAACUCCUGCGAAGUUAACCUUUCUAAUAUUAUUCCUCGAUUCUCAAUUGUCGAUUAUGGAAACGCCACUCCUUACGUCUCCGGUCAGAUUGUCAAUAACUCCUGCUUCACAACCCAAAGGAUUGGCUCAAGGUCGAAAUUCACCAUUAUUACUUCAUUUAACCGGUCAAAGCUACUCGACACGUACAAGACUACCUUUGAGUUAACCAGCCCCGACAACACCACACUAUCUUGCGUCAGAGCUGUUUUAACUCCCGCAGUUCCCGGAGCGAUACGCCUCCUUGGUCUCUGGUUUCCAAUCGUUGUUUUCGCCUUGGCUUGUAUCACAGCAUGUUGGCCAGUCCGACGAAGCACGAGGCCCAACAAUAAAAAGAAGCCACUUGUUGCCAGAGCAAUAGAUGUACUGGCAUACAUCCAAUUCAUAUUCUUCUCAGGCGCGAUGAGUCUGCAAUACCCCGGCUUCUUUCAACCUUUGGUUGGUCUCAGUGGCUGGUCUACCUUGAUGCUGCCUGCCGGAAUAGUGGAAAACACAUCUCCAUAUGCACGAGCAGGAGUUAAAGACGGAAUUUACGAGCACAAUGGAACGAUCACAGGAGCUCCAGGCCUGGAGCUGUUGACUCAAAUGACUGGAUCGGCAGUUAAGCCUCAGAGCUGGAUGAAUACAUUCGUUUUGUCACUCCUUGUCUUCAUCUCUCUUUACAUAUUUUCCUACAUCAUUCACCGACUUGACAAUACGCGUUCGAGCCCUAGAUCAGGUUCUACGAAUUUGGUAUCACCAUUCAAAACUCAGUAUUGGGCUGUCGUACGAUUAUUUCUCAGCUGCUUCAUGCUCCCACUCAGCGCUUGGGCAACUUAUCAAUUUGUCGAUGGAACUAUCUUCGGCUAUCGAAAUUCGGUGAUGGCAAUACUAGUACUGAGUCUGUUGCUGGCAGGCUUCUAUUGGAGCUGGUCACAAGACCCUGAGAUGGCAUCUCUCGUUAUACACGACCCAACCCGUGCAAGAAGAGAAGACAACAAAGUCCAGAAAUACUGUGCCCUAGUUGUUUUCUUCUUAAUGCUAUUCCGUGGAUGUAUCCUUGGUGGUCUUCAAACGUACAAUUCUGUACAGGUUGGUCUCCUCUUAGCAUGUGAAGCAAUGCAUCUCAUGUCAAUGACUUAUUGGAUUGGAUUCUCUCAUUUCACUUCACUUCCUGGUGUUCUGUUAAUGGCCAGAAUGAUCUUAUCCUCUGUACAUAUCGGAUUCCUGCCAGGAAUGACAGGUCACUCGGGAAAAAUACUCGUCGCGUACAUCAGCCUUUGUGGACAUGCCAUUGUCCUUGUUUGCAUAUUUCUUAUACCCAUCCUUUUCGACCUUAGCAAGCUUGCAUUUGGAAGGCACCCAGUAGUUAUGCCUGACGUCGAGAACGAUAUGCAAGCAACAGCAGGGAAUGCGUCAAUAUUUGGAGAGAAUAACGAACUCAUGAAGUUGCAACGGAGUCACUCGUCUGAGUCAAACACUUUAUUGGAUAUGGUAUUGAGUCGCGAAACCAAGAUAUUUGGUGAUAAGACUAUCAGCAGGAUACAACCGGAAGUCCUUUCGCUGUUUAUGAGGAAUGUACAAGGGGAAGACGAACACACCAACGUUUGCGAGAUCUCCAGAGGCUUUAGCGGCUCAUCCACAACUCUUGUUGCUUCAACACAAUCAGAUGUAGAGAUCAAGUCAGCUGCUGAUGUCUCACCUGAUACACUGGCUUCUUAUCUUGUCUCCAAGGAAAACACGGCAAUUCGAAAUAAGUCAACGGAUCAAGAUCUGGACCGUCCGAUCAACGAGUACUUCAUAUCCACCUCUCACAACACGUACCUUCUCGGUCGUCAAGUGGCCACUCGUUCAAAAUUGGAGGGAUACAUCAAAGCUCUAUCCCAAGGUUGCCGAUCAGUGGAAAUCGACUGUUGGGAUGGGCGAAAUGGUCAGCCUAUUGUUAAGCAUGGAUACAGUCUCACAAAGUCUGUCAGCUUUCGAUCUGUGAUAAACACUAUCAAGGAACAUGCCUUUGUCAGCUCUGAUCUGCCUCUAUGGUUGUCAUUAGAGGUUCACUGUUGCAGUUCACAAAGGGACAUUAUGGCUCACAUUAUGACUGAAGUAUUUGGAUCAAGUUUAAUCACUGGGCCUAUCCCGGAGUGUCUGAGGACACUACCUUCGCCAAGCCAACUACGGGGAAAGAUACUGAUCAAAGCCAAGAUGCCACAAGAUAAAAGCUCAAAGGACAGCGACGAAGAAGAUCGUGACACCGUCAGCCUGGAUCCGAAGCAUAAUGAAGCUGAUGCAAAGCCUGAAAGGAGAGACCAGAGAGCCGCAGUCACAAAUCGCUUGCAGCAGGAAGGUCUCCAAGAAGACUUACUAGAGACAUUGGCUAUCUACGGUGCCGGCAAGCGGUUGCCCCAUGCAGACGCCAUAGAUUCACACAGGAACUUUAUUUACUCUAUUUCCGAGACAAAGCUCAAGAAACGUAUCAGCAAAGAGCAGUCUCUUGAGUUGAUUGACACGCAGCACAUGGUUCGAGUAUAUCCUGAUCCAAAUCGUGUCGAUUCGUCCAACUUUGACCCAAUAAAGUGUUGGCAGCACGGGGUUCAGAUGGUAGCACUCAACUACCAAACACACGAUUUCAAUAUGAGGUUGAACGAUGCCAUGUUCACUGGGAGCUUGGGAUAUGUGCUAAAAGCACAACCGGAACCAAAGCAGAUCCGCAUCGCGUUUGAUGUUCUCAUGGCACGAGUACAUGGGCUAGGAGCCGACAGCCUUGUGUUUGUCGAGCUUGAGCUUCUUCUACCCGACAUACCUAGUCAAACAGUCCGGACUACAGCUGUGUUGACUCAUGGGGCAGGUGCUGUUUUUGACCAGAAUCUGGACAUUUCUAUAGGAACAAAGUACCCUCACUUGGCCUUCUUGCACUGGUCCAUCAAGAGUCUGUCCAAUGGUCGACCUAUGUUGAUUCAAUCAGGGAUAGCAAAAGUAAGCAAUCUGAAGAAGGGGUACCGCGUGUUACCUCUUGGCGACACGGAAGAGAAGAGCGACCAUAUAUUGUGUAAAAUUAGCGUCAAUGUAUUGUAG